AUGGAUCUUGAUGGUGAGGAUAACCAUCUGGUUAAUCCUGGUGAAACAGUCACCACUGAUCAGCAGUUUAUGAGAGGUCAUGGUACAUAUACCAGUGGCGAUGGUACUGUUAUUUCAUCGGUAUCCGGUGCUGUAGAGCGUGUCAACAAGUUGCUUUCGGUCCGAGCUUUGAAAGCACGCUAUACACCUGAGAUUGGUGACAUUGUAGUGGGCCGGAUCACAGAGGUUGCUACAAAACGCUGGAAAGUUGAUGUAAACGCACGUCAGGAUGCUAUACUCAUGCUGAGUUCUGUUAGUUUACCAGGUGGUGUACAGAGACGUAAGAACGAGUCAGAUGAACUUCAGAUGAGACAAUUCUUUGCAGAGGGAGAUGUUUUGGUGGCUGAGGUGCAAAGUUUCUAUGCAGAUGGUGCAAUGGGUCUUCAUACAAGAGGAUUCAAGUUCUGUAAGCUGCGAAAUGGAUCUUUUGUAUGCGUGCCUCCUGUUUUGGUACAGCGUUGCAAGUCCCAAUUCCACACAUUGCCUUGUGGUGUUGAUCUUGUUUUAGGUUUAAAUGGCUCUAUCUGGAUUAACAAGAAGCUUGAGGGCUUUGUUGGUACAGAUGAGACAGAUACUACCGUUGUCUACUCUAGUAAAAAUGACCCCAUCACAAGUGAAGAACGUGAAAACAUUGCCCGUGUUGCAAACUGUAUUAAUGCUCUCGCAAAACAGUAUAUGUACAUUAAUGACACCGCCAUUAUAUAUACAUAUGAAGGUAAUAAAUAUAUGAAAAAAUAG